AUGAAAGAUUGGGAAGAAGCCCAUGAAGCUGUGAAGGCUGACAUUAACGAGCUAAAGGAUCAAGUGGGCCAAAUCCUAGAGGUUUUGAAGUCACUGAAGGCUUCAGGGGAGGCCUCAUCCGCUAGGGUCGAGGAGAAUGCUCAUUCUUAUAGUACGCCUCUAGGCGCGUCAGUUCCGUUCCCAAUGUACGGCUUGCCUCUGGGAUACACUCCUCCAGUUGGAGAAUAUUCAGAUGCAGAACAAACUUCUUUCUCUUUUCCUGCAGCUAACAACACACUAUCGAACGGUACUCAAGGGCCGAUGUUAGCUUCGACACCCGUGACAGGAGCGGAGAUGAAUGAGACAGUCACAUUCACAGGACCGAGGAUGACUGUGGCGCCCCAGCCUCCGAAAACAUUCAUCGAUGCAGAUGCUGCGACUAAAGCUGCACCACACGCUACAGUCCAAGCAAUAUCCACUGUUGUUGAUGGGGCUAAGAGUAAGCUUGAAAUUCUUGAGGAAAGGAUUCGUGCCAUUGAGGGUGGUGGAAGCUAUGGGUUCGGUGAUGUGGCGAGAUUAAGCCUGGUUCCUGGUGUGAUGAUACCACACAAGUUUAAGGUCCCAGAAUUUGAAAGGUAUCACGGCACCACAUGCCCUAAAAGCCAUCUGACAAUGUACGGUAGAAAGAUGGCUGCUUAUGCCUAUGAUGAAAAAUUGCUAAUACAUUGUUUCCAAGAUAGUUUGGCUGGGGUAGCAUUGAAUUGGUAUACACACUUGGAGCCAUCUCGAAUUCAUUCCUGGAUGGAUUUGGCCGACGCCUUUGUGAAACAGUAUAAAUACAACACAGAUAGUGCGCCAGAUAGAUUGCAAUUGCAAAACAUGGCCAAGAAGGAUACUGAGUCUUUCAAGGAAUAUGCACAACGGUGGAGAGAGUUGGCUGCUCAGGUUGAGCCACCUCUACUUGAUAAGGAGAUGGUGGCGACGUUAGUAAACACGCUGCAAUCACCAUUUUAUGAGCAUGUAUUGGGGAAUGUGUCUUCCAAUUUCGCUGAUAUCAUCAUCAUAGGGGAAAGAAUAGAAAUCGGGUUAAAAAGCGGAAAGAUUGCAUAUGGCCCAUUCGCGGCUGCAACUCCUAAGAAACCUAAUUUUAUUCCCGGAAAGAAGAAAGAAGCAGAAGUACAAGCGGCCUCAGUGAUGCCUGUGUGGGAAAGUCGGGCUCCUACGAUUAAUUAUCGAGCACACUUGAACCAACCUCCUUAUGUGGCCAAUGCAAUGUCUGUUCAUCAAACACGACCUCAGCAACAAGGGUUUUAUCAACCGUCGAAUCUUUAUCAACCACAACGUGCUCCAAACAGUGCUUGGAAAACCGAACCUAACUCGAAUUUCAACAGAAACGCGGGACAAAACGCUAAUCUAAGGAGGAAUCAAGAGAGGAACUUCGUUCAUUUCACUCCUAUUCCUAUGUCAUAUACGGAAUUGUUGCCUCAUCUCCUCCAAAAGCGUUUGGUGGCCAUUUGUCCGAUGAAGCCUGUGCAACCUCCGUUCCCCAAGAAUUAUGAUCCAAAUGCCAAAUGUGAUUAUCACGGAGGGGGAGUUGGUCACUCUAUUGAGAAUUGUGUGUCCCUUAAACACAAGGUGGAAGCUUUAAUCAACUCAGGAUGGAUAAAGUUCCAUGAAGACAAACCUAGUGUUGAGGCUAAUCCCCUUUCUGGUCUUGGGAACCCUUCGACAAAUGCCAUUGAGGUUAAGAAACACCGACUGGUGAGGGAUGUGAAUGAAAUUCGAAGCUCCAAGCGGUUUGUUUUUGAGACACUAUUAAAAUUGGGUUUGUUAAAAGGAGAAUAUAACCUGAGUAAAAAGUGUGGAUUCCAUCCGAGUGCUAAACAUUCUAUCGAUGAAUGCACAGAGUUCAAGGAUGUUCUACAAAAUCUUAUAGACAGAAACUUUGUGCAAGUAUGUCACGGACACAUGGAGGAUGAAGUAUUUGCACAAGAUGGUGCGGAACCCGGUGUGACUUUGCCAGAGCCAUUGGUGAUUCAUUUCACUAGAUCCACCUCUACCCCGACAAUUCAAGAAAGACAAUCUGUUAUUAUCCAAACACCCUCCCCAUUUCCCUACAAAAGUGAGAAAGUUGUCCCAUGGAAAUAUGGUGCAUACGUGUUAGGUGAGGAACAACGGGUAGGUGGUCAACCUAGCAGUGGUGAGUCAGUGGUGAAAAAUAUAUCAGGCGUCGGUGGAAUUACGAGAAGUGGUCGAAUCUUUACGCCUCCAAACUUGAUGAAAGAUGGAGUUGGCAAUAAUGAAUCGGCGAAUACUAAAAAGGCUAAAGAACUCUUGAAAGGGAAAACCAUCCAAACCGACGAGGGUCUAAGAAAAGAUGAUGGGAAAGCAGUAUCUGAUGAGGAGGCUUGCGAGUUCUUGAAGUUCAUACAACAAAGCGAGUAUAAAGUGGUCGAACAGUUGAAUCGCCUGCCUGCUCGAAUCUCACUUUUAGAACUACUCAUGCAUUCAACCUCUCAUAGAAAGUUGUUAAUGAAGAUACUCAAUGGAGCGCAUGUGGAGCAAAAUAUUUCUUUGGACAGUUUUAAGGGAAUUGUUAACAAUAUCACUGCUAACAACUACCUCACGUUUACCGAUGAAGAGAUACCUACUGAAGGGAGGGGACACAACAAGGCCCUCCAUGUCUCUGUAAAAUGCUUGGAUCAUGUCAUAGCACGUGUAUUGAUCGACAAUGGAUCUUCCCUGAAUGUGAUGCCAAAAACAACAUUGGGAAAGCUACCGUGUGAAGGUAUUCACAUGAAACCAAGUGCAAUGAUAGUGAGAGCUUUCGAUGGGAGUAAAAGAGAAGUAAUGGGAGAGGUAGAAUUGCCGAUCCAAAUAGGGCCAUGUGUCUUUCAAAUAACUUUCCAAGUGAUGGACAUCCUUCCAGCAUACAGUUGCUUGUUGGGUCGUCCUUGGAUUCACUCAGCGGGCGUAGUACCUUCAACCUUGCACCAAAAGUUAAAAUAUGUCAUGGGUGACAAAUUAGUGAUUGUUUCAGGGGAGGAAGAUAUUUUAGUAAGUGGGCCUUCAUCUUCUCGCUAUAUUGAAGCAGCAGAGGAAGCCCUCGAGACAGCCUUCCAAUCUUUGGAAAAUUGUGGGAAAUGCCUAUGUGGAGCCCUUUCCAAUGAACCCACACUUGUCGCGUACUUCCCUUAUGACGGCCAAGAAGUCACCGAGAAAAAGAAUAAAUACGGCCUUGGAUACAAGCCUACUAGAGAGGAUAAGAGGAGGCUGGCGGAAGAAAGGAGAGAGCGCGGUGUGGCUCGAAUCCAAGGAAAAGGACUGGGGUUAGGAAAGAUUCGCAUCUGUGACAUCAGAGAUAGCUUCCGCAGCGCGGGAUGGAUCAACACUAGUCAGAUAGCAGCUGUUAGAGAUGAAGAUGAACCUGAAAGCUUGGUUUUUGUGCAGCCUUGUGCUCCAAAUGCGCUACUCAACAAUUGGGAGACUUUGGAUCUACCCGUGAUGUUUAAUUUGGUUAAAAUAUAUGAUAAUGAAUGUUUUGAAAAUAACAAUGUCGAUGUCCCUAACUUCAAGCACCCUGUCAAUAAUAUGGAAGAUGAUUAUGAAGGUGACUCCGAACCCUCCCCUGAACUAAUGAGAUUAGUGGAACAAGAAUCUAGGGAAAUAAAACCCCAUCAAGAAGAUGUUGAAGUGCUUGACCUAAGUGAGGGGGAUGAAAAGAAAGAAGUGAAAAUUGGCACGAGUAUGAAGAAAGAAGUGAAAGAAGAAUUGUGUGUGCUGCUAAAGGAGUUUAGGGAUGUGUUCGCUUGGUCGUACAAUGAUAUGCCUGGUUUAGAUACUGAUAUAGUACAACAUAAGCUUCCACUCAAACCGGAAUGCCCUCCAGUCAGACAAAAGCUAAGAAGGAUGAAACCAGAAAUGUCAUUAAAGAUUAAAGAAGAAGUGCAAAAGCAAUUUGACGCUGGAUUUCUAGCUGUGGCAAAAUACCCUCAAUGGGUGGCAAAUAUUGUACCCGUGCCCAAGAAGGAUGGGAAGGUUCGGAUGUGCGUUGACUAUAGAGAUUUGAACCGGGCGAGCCCAAAAGACAACUUCCCAUUACCGCACAUCGAUACAUUAGUGGAUAAUACAGCCAAGUUCUCGCUAUUUUCGUUUAUGGAUGGCUUCUCGGGAUAUAAUCAGAUUAAGAUGGCACCUGAAGAUAUGGAAAAGACCACGUUUAUCACAUUGUGGGGGACAUUUUGCUAUAAGGUGAUGUCUUUCGGGCUUAAGAAUGCUGGGGCCACCUAUCAAAGGGCCAUGGUGGCACUUUUUCAUGAUAUGAUGCACAAAGAACUCGAGGUUUAUGUAGAUGACAUGAUCGCCAAGUCUGAGUCAGAAGAAGAACACAUCCUCAACCUAAGGAAAUUAUUUGAGAGAUUGAGGAAAUUUAAACUUAAACUAAACCCAGCAAAAUGCACAUUCGGUGUGAGAUCUGGAAAGUUGUUGGGUUUUGUUGUCAGUCAAAAGGGGAUAGAAGUCGAUCCCGACAAGAUGCGUGCGAUAAUCGAAAUGCCUGCUCCCAGUACAGAAAAGGAGGUACGGGGUUUCUUGGGCAGACUGAACUACAUUGCUAGGUUCAUCUCCCAGUUAACCGCCACUUGUGAACCAAUAUUCAAGCUAUUGCGUAAAAACCAGGUUGUUGAGUGGAAUGAAGACUGUCAGACUGCUUUUGAUAAAAUCAAACAAUAUCUACAAGAUCCUCCUGUGUUACGCCCGCCCGAACCGGGGAAGCCACUCCUUAUGUAUUUGACGGUACUUGAUGAGUCAAUGGGUUGUGUGUUGGGUCAACAUGACAAAACUGGAAAAAGAGAGCAUGCCAUAUACUACCUGAGCAAGAAGUUCACGGAAUGUGAACAGCGAUACUCGUUUUUAGAGCGAACUUGUUGCGCAUUGGCAUGGGCUACCCAUCGUCUAAGACAAUACAUGUUGAGUCAUUCUACCUGGUUGAUAUCCAAGACUGACCCUAUCAAGUAUAUUUUUGAAAAGCCCGCUCUCACUGGAAGGAUAGCCCGGUGGCAAAUGCUAUUGUCAGAAUACGACAUUGUGUAUGUCACUCAAAAGUCCAUCAAGGGUAGUGCUUUGGCUGAAUAUCUGGCCCAACAACCCGUUAACGAUUAUCAGUCGAUGCAACCCGAAUUUCUGGAUGAGGACAUCAUGACCUUGUUUGAAGAUGACCAAGAAGAAAAGAAAUGGACGUUAUUAUUCGACGGGGCUUCUAACGUCAUGGGACAUGGUAUAGGGGCAAUACUAAUAUCUCCAGAAAACCAAUACAUUCCAAUGACAGCAAGGUUGUGUUUUAAUUGCACAAACAAUAUCGCUGAAUACGAAGCAUGCGCUAUGGGCAUCCAAGCCGCGAUUGAGUCAAAGGCAAAAAUUUUGAAUGUAUAUGGAGAUUCAGCGUUGGUUAUCCAUCACCUAAGGGGAGAAUGGGAAACUAGGGAUCAGAAGUUGAUUCCCUACAAAACUUAUAUCAUGGAAUUGGUGGAGUAUUUUGAUUUCAUUAAAUUCCACCAUAUUCCGCGAGAGGAUAACCAAUUGGCAGAUGCCUUAGCUACUUUAUCAUCGAUGUUCAAGAUUAAUCAGGAUGGGGUAAUGCCGAUGAUCCAAAUGAAGAGUCAUGAAGGGCCAGCAUAUUGCCAUUUCAUUGAAGAAGAGUUAGACGGUAAGCCAUGGUAUUUUGAUAUUAAACGCUAUAUAAAAACUAGAGAAUACCCCGAAGAAGCAUCUGAGAAUGAUAAAAGGACACUGAGAAGGUUGGCUGCAAAUUUUAUCCUGAGUGGGGAUGUGUUGUACAAGAGAAAUCAUGAUAUGGUUCUCCUUCGAUGUGUGGAUGCAAAAGAGGCCGAGUCAAUAUUGGAGGAAGUUCAUGAAGGAACUUUUGGCACACACAUGAAUGGACACUCGAUGGCUAGAAAGAUCUUGAGGGCUGGUUACUUUUGGUUGACUAUGGAGAAUGAUUGUUGCACACACGUGAGAAAGUGCGAGAAAUGUCAUAAGUAUGCAGACAAUAUCAAUGCGGCACCCACUACUUUAAACUUAAUGUCUGCCCCAUGGCCGUUUUCAAUGUGGGGGAUAGAUGUCAUCGGGGCUAUAGAGCCAAAAGCCUCAAACGGACAUCGCUUCAUUCUAGUUGCAAUUGAUUAUUUCACUAAAUGGGUGGAAGCUGCUUCCUACGCUAGUGUGACUAGGAAGGUUGUGACUAAAUUUAUAAAGAGAGAGUUAAUUUGUAGGUACGGGUUGCCUAGCAAGAUAAUCACUGAUAAUGCCACCAAUCUGAACAAUCAAAUGAUGGCCGAAUUGUGUGAAGGAUUUAAAAUUCAGCAUCAUAAUUCUUCUCCUUAUCGUCCAAAGAUGAAUGGGGCAGUCGAGGCUGCUAAUAAGAAUAUCAAGAAGAUUGUACAGAAAAUGGUGGUCACGUAUAAAGACUGGCAUGAGAUGCUUCCCUUUGCUUUGCAUGGGUAUCGCACCUCAGUACGUACAUCAACUGGGGCAACACCUUUUUCUCUAGUGUACGGAAUGGAGGCAGUACUACCCUUCGAAGUAGAAAUCCCAUCCCUACGAGUGUUAAUGGAGACCCAGUUGGAAGAUGCAGAAUGGGUUCAGGCCCGAUUUGACCAGCUUAAUCUCAUUGAGGAAAAAAGGCUAGCGGCAGUGUGUCAUGGACAGUUAUACCAAAGAAGGAUGAAAAAGGCGUUCGACAAGAGGGUGCGUCCUAGAGAGUUCCAUGAAGGCGAGCUAGUCUUGAAAAAGAUCUUACCUAUACAAAAGGAUCAUAGGGGCAAGUGGACUCCAAAUUAUGAAGGCCCGUAUGUGGUGAAGAAAGCAUUUUCUAGUGGGGCACUAAUUCUCACAAGGAUGGAUGGAGAGGAGUUACCGUUACCGGUCAAUUCUGAUGCGGUCAAAAAGUUUUAUGCAUGA